GGCGAGCGGAGUCCUCGCUUCUUGCGCAGGGGCGCUAGGGCUUGGGCAGCGAAGCGGUGAGGUCAGUGGUGUCGCACUGUGGACUUCUCUGCGUUCGUCCCUCGCCCCGCCCGAGGCCGUAGAGCUGAUCGGUGGCGGGUGGCAGUGCCCUUGGAGGCGCGGCAGGUGCCUUGGCGCACGCCGGCCUCAGCAUGGUCCAGCUCACCACUGUCCUGUGCAGAGCCUACCGUGGAGGACAUUUAACCAUCCGCCUUGCCCUGAGUGGCUGUACCAACCGGCCUUUCUACCGCAUUGUGGCUGCUCACAACAAGUUUCCCAGGGACGGCCGUUUCCUGGAGCAGCUGGGCUCCUAUGAUCCACUGCCCAACAGUCACGGAGAGAAAAUUGUUGCUCUCAACCUAGACAGGAUCCGGCAUUGGAUCGGCUCCGGGGCCCACCUCUCUAAGCCUGUGGAGAAGCUUCUGGGUCUUUCUGGCUUUUUCCCUCUGCAUCCCAUGAUGAUCACAAAUGCUGAGAGGCUGCGAAGGAAACGGGCACGUGAAGUUCUCUUAGCAUCUCAGAAAACAGAUACAGAGGCUACAGAAACAAAAACGAGCUGACUUCAGUGAGCAGAGCAUUGGGGAAAAGGUCAAAGUCCUCUUAAACACUUGUGCAGAGCUCUUAGUUUUAUUAGAUUUGGAGGUCAAUAAAUGGAGUUUCUGAGUCACCCA